AUGCAGCGGGAUGUGGGCACCCUGCCCCUGGCCCCCGCGCUGCGGGCGCGCCUGGCGGCCGCCGGCUUCCAGACGGCGCAGGAGCUGCUGGACACGGGUCCCUGCGGGCUGAGCGCAGAGGUYGGUAUCUCCAAGGAAGAGGCCCUGGAAGUGCUGCAGGUUGUGCGGCAGGAAUGUCCCGGCGAGGYGCCCCGGGCUACUGGGGGCACCCGGAGGUGCACAGCCCUGGAGCUGCUGGAGCAGGAGCAAGCCCAGGGCUUCAUCAUCACCUUCUGCUCCGCCCUCGACAGCGUCCUGGGCGGUGGGGUGCAGCUAACAAAGAUCACCGAGAUCUGUGGAGCACCUGGUGUUGGGAAAACACAGCUUUGUAUGCAGCUGGCUGUAGAUGUACAGAUCCCCGAAUGCUUUGGGGGCCUUGCUGGAGAAGCAGUGUUCAUUGACACUGAAGGAAGCUUUAUGGUGGACAGAGUUGCAGAUAUUGCAACUGCCUGCGUGCAACAUUGCCAGCUUAUUGCUGAAGCCCACCAGGAAGAAGAUCAUCUAAAAGCUUUGGAGACUUUUUCUGUUGAAAGUAUCCUCUCUCACAUAUAUUACUUCCGUUGCCGUGACUAUAUAGAGCUGCUAGCGCAGGUCUACCUCCUUCCAGACUUCCUUUCAGAGCACUCAAAGGUCCGACUGGUGGUUAUCGAUGGAAUUGCAUUUCCCUUUCGCCAUGACUUUGAGGACCUCUCACUUCGCACGAGACUUUUAAAUGGWCUUGCACAGCAGCUGAUCAUCAUGGCAAAUGAUCAUAAAACAGCAGUAGUUCUGACAAAUCAAAUGACCACAAGGAUUGGACAAAGCCAGUCCACACUGGUACCUGCUUUAGGAGAAAGCUGGGGACAUGCUGCUACGGUCCGUUUAAUCUUUCAUUGGGAUAACAAUCAAAGGCUGGCAACACUGUACAAAUCACCAAGUCAGAAGGAGUCAACCAUACCCUAUCAUGUUACACCUCAUGGUUUCCGAGACGUGCAGCUUCCAACWGUUACUCAAAACCUAGAUGGUACCGAAAUGAACCCUCGGAAACGUCCACGGAGAGAAGAGGAAAAAUAAGUGACUCAAAAGUUGAGUAUUAGAAAGAUAUGCUACCUGGGAAUCACUUGCAUAGUGACGAUGUAAUCGGGGCAGCAUGGGAGCCUGUUUAACUAAAAUUCCUGUUCCGAACUUUACAACAAUGUUAAAAUUACAMUAUACAAGUUUCUGUGGUAGGAAGUUCCUUCCUACAUGACAGUUUUACUUUUCUAAUAAAAACAUAAACUGUUUUCUACAUGAAGAGUCUUCAGCUUUGGGGGGGACGAAGACUACACUAGCUCCUUUUAUUGUGGAUCCAAAAGCGAUUCCAGUUUAAACGCUGAGCUAGGAGGAGCCAGUAAGAUACAGUCAGUGACGUAGGUCUCAAUCAUUCAUCUGUUUCUGUGUGCAGUUGAAUUUUAACAAGGUUCCAUGCAGCCUCAAUGCCUCAAGCUAGGGCAGAAAGCAGUGGGGCUUCUGA